AUUAGGGCCCGUGGCCAUCAGCAAAGGGUCCGUCCUUCAGCUGUCUUGGGAAGCAAAACCCACAAUUUCUGUUUUCCAAGUCAGAAAUGGACCAUGGCUCCCUGGCCUGAAUUGGGAGAUGCCCAGCCCAACCCCAGUAAGUACCUCGAAGGGGCUACAAGUCAGCAACCCAUCACCCCUGAUAAAAGCAAAGAGACCAACAAAACAGAUAACACUGAGGUACCUGUAACCAAGUUUGAACUUCUGCCGACCUACUCCACGGCUACACUGAUAGAGGAGCCCACGGAGGUGGACGACCCCUGGAACCUACCCACUCUUCAGGACUCGGGGAUCAAGUGGUCAGAGAGAGACACCAGAGGGAAGAUUCUCUGUGUCUUCCAAGGGAUUGGGAGAUUGAUUUUACUUCUUGGAUUUCUCUACUUUUUUGUGUGCUCCCUGGAUGUUCUUAGUAGCGCCUUCCAGCUGGUUGGAGGAAAAAUGGCAGGACAGUUCUUCAGCAACAGCUCUAUUAUGUCCAACCCUUUGUUGGGGCUGGUGAUCGGGGUGCUGGUGACCGUCUUCGUGCAGAGCUCCAGCACCUCAACGUCCAUCGUUGUCAGCAUGGUGGCCUCUUCAUAUAGAGCUUUUGCAGGAGCCACUGUCCAUGACUUCUUCAACUGGCUCUCCGUGUUGGUGCUGUUGCCUGUGGAGGUGGCCACCCAUUACCUUGAGAUUGUAACCCAGUUUAUAGUGGAGAGCUUCCACUUCAAGAAUGGAGAAGAUGCACCAGAUCUUCUGAAAGUCAUCACUAAGCCCUUCACAAAGCUCAUUGUCCAGCUGGAUAAAAAAGUUAUCAGCCAAAUUGCAAUGAACGAUGAAACCGCGAAAAACAAGAGUCUUGUCAAGAUUUGGUGCAAAACUUUUACCAACAUGACCCAGAUGAAUGUCACUGUUCCUUCAAUGGCUAACUGCACCUCCCCUUCCCUCUGUUGGACGGAUGGCAUCCAAACCUGGACCAUGAAGAACGUGACCUACAAGGAGAACAUCGCCAAAUGCCAGCAUAUCUUCGUGAAUUUCCACCUUCCGGAUCUUGCUGUGGGUAUCAUCUUGCUCAUAAUCUCCCUGCUGGUCCUCUGUGGUUGCCUGAUCAUGAUUGUCAAGAUCCUGGGCUCUGUGCUCAAGGGGCAGGUCGCCACUGUCAUCAAGAAGACCAUCAACACUGAUUUCCCUUUUCCCUUUGCAUGGUUGACUGGCUACCUGGCCAUCCUCGUUGGGGCAGGCAUGACCUUCAUCGUGCAGAGCAGCUCUGUGUUCACGUCGGCCUUGACUCCCCUGAUUGGAAUCGGAGUGAUAACCAUUGAGAGGGCUUAUCCACUCACGCUGGGCUCCAACAUCGGCACCACCACCACCGCCAUCCUGGCCGCCUUAGCUAGCCCUGGCAAUACAUUGAGGAGUUCACUCCAGAUCGCCCUGUGCCACUUUUUCUUCAACAUCUCCGGCAUCUUACUGUGGUACCCGAUCCCGUUCACUCGUCUGCCCAUCCGCAUGGCCAAGGGGCUGGGCAACAUCUCUGCCAAGUAUCGCUGGUUCGCCGUCUUCUACCUGAUCAUCUUCUUCUUCCUGAUCCCGCUGACGGUGUUUGGCCUCUCGUUGGCCGGCUGGCCGGUGCUGGUGGGCGUCGGGGUUCCCGUCGUCUUCAUCAUCAUCCUGGUACUGUGCCUCCGACUCCUGCAGUCCCGUUGUCCACGCGUCCUGCCCAAGAAACUCCAGAACUGGAACUUCCUGCCACUGUGCAUGCACUCGCUAAAGCCCUGGGAUGCCGUCAUCUCCAAGUUCACCGGCUGUUUCCAGAUGCCCUGCUGCUGCUGCUGCCGAGUGUGCUGCCGCGUGUGCUGCUUGCUGUGUGGCUGCCCCAAGUGCUGCCGCUGCAGCAAGUGCUGCCAGGACUUGGAGGAGGGUCAGGAAGCGCAGGGUGUCCCUGUCAAGGCCCCUGAGACCUUUGAUAACAUAACCAUUAGCAGAGAGGCUCAGGGUGAGGUCCGUGCCCCAGACUCAAAGACCGAAUGCACAGCCUUGUAGGGGGAGGCCCAGAUCGUCAGAGGUGGGGGGAUGGGCCUUGAGUUUUGCAUGCUCUCCUCUCUCCCACUUCUGCACCCUGCACCCUUUCACCACCUUGAGGAGAUUUGUUCCCCAUUAGCGAAUGAAACUGGUGCAGUCCUACCUAACUCGAUUCCCUUUGGCUUGGUGGAUAGGCCUGCAGGGCACUUUCAUUCCUGCCCCUGGUCACUCAGUAGUCUUUUACUCCAGGAAGGCACAGGACGGUACCUAAAGAGAAUUAGAGAAUGCACCUGGCUGGACAGGGGUCUAAUCCUGCACCUAGCUGAGUUGGUCAGUAGAACCUGUUUUCAGACUCAAAAACCAUCUUCAGAAAGAAAAGGCCCAGGGAAGGAAUGUAUGAGAGGCUCUCUAAGAUAAGGAAGUGUAUUCUUCAUGACUAUCAAGCUCAGGCCUCUCUCUUUUUUUAAACCAAAGUCUGGCAACCAAGAGCAGCAGCUCCAUGGCCUCCUUGCCCCAGAUCAGCCCGGGUCAGGGGACAUAGUGUCAUUGUUUGGAAACUGCAGACCACAGGUGUGGGUCUAUCCCACUUCCUACUACACCCCACAUUCCCAGUCAGAGUUUCCUCACGUGGGCAGGUGUGCUAGUCCAAGCAGUUCACUUGCAGUGUCCUUGUCCUCAUGCUUCGGGAAUGGGAGCCACACCUGAACUACAGAGAGUUCAGGCUGGAUACACGUGCUCACCUGCUGCUCUUGUCUUCCUAAGAGACAGAGAGAGUGGGGCAGAUGGAAGAGAAGAAAGUGGGGAAUGGGUAGCAUAGCAUUCAGGGGAUAUGGUUUAUCUGCCAAAAGGGCCUCAGGUUCUUAAUUUAGCAGACUAAGAUGCCAAAUUAAAAAGCAUUGUGGCUAAAGCCUAAUGCUCCUCUCUUGGUUAGAUAACAAAAACCGUCCCUAUUGGAUCUUUUGAAAUAAAACGUGCAAGUUCUCCAGGCUCAUAGCCUGCAUGCUGCCACCUUGAAACCCAGGGAGUAUCUGCGCCUGGAAUAGCUCUACCCCCGUUCUCUGCUUCCUCACUUUCUGUGCAAGAUGACUUGCAGGGUUUACUUCCUUCUUUCCAUGCACCCACCCACUGGAAUCUCUUUCCAAACAUUUUUCCAUUUUUCCAUAGAUGGGCUUUGAUUAGUUGUCCUCUUUCCAUGCCUGCAAAACUCCAGAUUUUUGGGGAAAGCUGUACCCAACUGAACUGCCCAGUGAACUGGGAUCACUGAGUACAGUCUAGCACAGGUAUGUCGCCGGGUCAAAGGGGUGUGCUCCUUCUCAUCCUAGAUGCCUUCUCUGUGCCUUCCACAGCCUCCUGCCUUAUUACACGACUGCCCCAGCCCCACCCUCAGCCAUUCCAAUUCUUCCCGGCCAGUGAGCUCCAGCCUUAUCUAGGAAAGGAGGAGUGGGUGUAGCUGUGUGGCAAGACUGGGGCCUCCCCCAUCCCAGCUUCUCCACCACCCCAGCAGGUCAGGAUAUCAGACAGUCCUCCCCUGACCCUCCCCCUUGUAAAUACCAAUUCCCAACCAGAGCCGAAUACUCGAUAUUUAUAGUCACACCCCUGUACAGCAUUUUUCAUAAGUUAUAUGGUAAACGGUCUGGAUGAUUUGUGCUUCUAGUGCUCUAAUUUGGAAAUGAGGCAGGGUUCUUCUAUGAAAUGUAAAGAAAGAAACCACUUUGUAUAUUUUGUAAUACCACCUCUGUGGCCAUGCCCGCCCCACCCACUCUGUAUAUACGUAAGUUAAACCCGGGCGGGGGCUGUGGCCAUCUUUGUACUCCGGUGAUUUUUAAAAAUUGAAUCUUUGUACUUGCAUUGAUUGUAUAAUAAUUUUGAGACCAGGUCUCACUGUAUUGCUCAGGCUGGUCUCAAACUCCUGAGCUCAAGCAAUCCGCCCUCCUCAGCCUUCCAAAGUGCUGAGAUGACAGGCGUGAGCCACCACACCAGGCCUGAUUGUAAUUUUUUUUUUUUUAACUGGUUGUGGGAAGGGAUAAAUAAAAUAAUCAAACCCAAAA